GACCAGAAGCGUCUGCAGCUUGCUCGACUCGUCACUAUAAAUUGACCGCUAGUCGAAGGUAGACCGAUUUUUAACUCGCGUAAAUUUUAACUAUUUUGACUAUGAAAUUUUUAAUUCCGCUGCUGAUCCUUGGACUUGCUACCCAGAUCAACUGUCAUCUAUUGGCAGAUUGCGAAGAUCGCUCGUGGUACUGUAAAGACCCUAAUCGAGCUGCGAGAUGCCAGAAAAUGGACGAAUGUUUCCCGCCGACAACUCCGGACGAUUCUGUACAGCAAAAUCCAUGCACCAGCAAUCCAUUCGACGACCUAAAGGAGUUUUUCUUUGGGAGGUGGGACCUAUAGCUUCGCAAAUAUGCCACGGGGUAUUUACUAUUUCAUUGCAAGUUUUAUUCAAAAAGUUAUAUGGAACAGACAAACAGUGUUUCCAGCUCCCACAUUCCCUUAACUAUCGCAACCCUGUAAAACGACACGCCUCAUUUUCGACUAUGACUUUUUCCACCGAAGAUUAUCAGGAUAUAAUAUAAAGUGCCCUCGUCGCUAAGUAACAAUACUAUACAACGACGACAAUCGAUUUUUUAAUAAAAGAUUUUUAGGUGAUUAA